AUGCUGGAAUUUCCUAGCUUAAAGUUAUUUGAAGAAGAUAAAGGAGUAGUGGUUGAUGGUAAAGGAAUGGUUGAUGGUGAAGAAGUGGUUGAAUGUAGAGAAGAAGAAAUAAUUAAAGGUGAUGGAGAAAUGGUUAAAGCUAAAGGAGAAGUAAUUGAUGGUAGAGAAUCUAUUAAAAAUUUAAGAGUUUGA